AUGUUUUCCUGCCGACCCUUUUCUCAAGAAUGCACAGAUGCUUUGAACCGAGUCGUGGCUUACCACCUGCAUACCUCCCAUGUGUAUUUAGCAAUGGCCUACAGUUUCAGAAAUGGCAAGAGAAUUCCUCCUUUUGUCGAGUACUUUGAAACCCUGGCUAACACCAGGAGGGAAGAUGCAGAUGCAUUUCUAAAACAUCUCUGGAAACGUAACGCAGCGAUCUGCCCUCCAACCUUUGAGAAGGUUGACAUGAUGGCAAUAACCACACCCAUAGAAGCCAUACUACUGGCCCAGGAGAUGGAACGGACCUUAACCAGCAUCCUGGUAGGCCUACAGGGUGCUGCACGUCGUGAGUCAGAUCUCUUAAGACUUUUAACAUCGGUCCUCCGUAAACAGAGAAAGAAUGAAGAUGAUAUGAAAACUCAACUUACUUUUCAUCAAAGAGUAGAAAAGGAGAGAGAAAUGCAAGUCCAGACUAAAAAACCUUCUACAGUCAGUGGUUUAAGAGGCUUUGUCACCUCCGAUUGCUGA